GAUCAAACAAAAAUUAUUUCAAUGACUCAAUCAAUAUAUAUUGAAUUCGAUAAUGUAAGAAAAUCCUCGGGUAACAUCAAUGUAUAUGUAAAGCGUUUGUAUAAAAAUAUACUUUUUCUUGAGCCUACAGAUAAGUAUAUAGACGAACUAAAAUAUAUGUUUUAUAUUGAGGAGAUUAAAUGCUUGUUAACACAAUUUCCACACAGAAUCGAUCGCAAUUCAUUCGAAAGAUAUUGCAAUAUAGAAAAGUCUCACUAUGUGAAGUUAUCCUCGAUAGGAAAUGAUUUGGACAGAUAUAGAGAGAAACCUGAAAGAGAACAGCUUUUGGAAGUAACUUGUACUUUCGUGGUACAACAAAUUCAACUUCGAAAAAAUGUAUGUUACACGAAUAUAAGUGCAUCAUUGGAUACAAUCGCACAAGAGGUACUGAUAUUUCUUAGAGAGAAGCAUCCCAACCAUUCGAUAUUCUCCACGUCUGAAGAAACGUUUUCCUAUUGGAAAACCAACAGUAUCGAAGAUAAUCAUUGGGAUGAAACAGAAAGUACGCAGAUUAUGGAUACACUUCAGGAAUAUAUAUUUGGCAUUUUGAACUUUCGACCAUGUAGCUACUCACGUAAAGUAGAUCUCAAAAGUUUAUGUAUAGAUUAUGUUUUACAAAGUAAAUAUGGUCAACAUAUCAUUGUAUUUACAAUAUUUAGUAGCGUGGCUAGAAGACUUGGUCUACGUUGCGACGUAAUAGUUUUUCUGACUAAAAUCUCUAUAUUUUGGAAACCAAAAUACGUCACAAAUAAUUUAAAAAUGCACGAUGUUUGUACAUGA